UUCCUGCAGAUCCUUUAAAAGUCUUAAAUAACAUUUUUAAAAUUUUGUCAUAAAAUGUUUUAAAUGUUCUUGAAUUUUCUCUUGAUAGGUUUUACUUGGUAGAUUUUGCCACAAAUUUUUAUCAAAACAUCUUCAUCUGUGCCUUCUCUUGUUUGCAUUAUAUGUUAAUUUUCUUAUUUGUGGAUUUGCUUGUUUAUGAUGCAAUUCAUAGUAUCAAUGGUAGCUUAUUACAUGCAAAGAUGGGUAGAUUUGAUCUCAAGUUAAAAAAGGACAGGGAAUGGUUGUAUUAUAUUAAUUUAUUACAUUUAUGGACUUAGGACAGCACACAUUAAUAAAGAUAUCCGCUGGCACAUUAAUGUAAAUAGGCUAGAAUUAGCAUUAUAGCUAAAUUUCAGUUGUCCUAAGGCAGGUACUUACACAAAGCAGUCUAAUCAAGUAAUGUCGUAAGAUCAAUAAGUGAGUAAAUAGGCUGACAGUUGUAUCUCAGUAAGUGAGUCAAUAAAAAGCAGUUAUUACAGAUUAAAUAAGGGGUAAAAAUGCAGUUAUUGCACAGAAAUUAACAGAUAGUCAUUUAGUGCACAGUUGAUAAAUCAGUAAAUUAGCAGUUAUUGCACAAUGAUGAUUAGAUCAUUUUUCAUUGCAAUGCAGAGUGAAUAAAAUAUAAGUAAACAGUAAUUUCCCAGUCAGUUACUUAUAGUUUAACAUUACACAGAUCUGUUGUUAUUUCAGAGUAAAUAUGGAUUAUAUGAGCUGCUAUUUCUCAAGAAUUAAUGCCAAAGAAAGUCAAUUAAUAUACCUGUUUGACAAAUUCCCCUUUAAAAUGACUAAAGAGACGAACUUUUCCAACUUUUACCCAAACAUAUACUUCAGUUCAAUCCUAUUGCUUCCCUUAUGAUCUCUAACCACUACUUAAUUAUCAAACCAUCCCAGGCUGCAUUGGCCUACUCUUUUUUGACAUGUUGCACCUCUGUAGGUGAUUAAUGACUGUGGCAUUACUCCAAACAGACCUCACUAAUGUCCGUACAUCAUCAUGACGACCAACCUGAAUCUGCUCUCUCAGCAGAAAAUGGACUCUGAGCACGAGGCAGAGGGGUCAUGCUCUCCUUCAGACUCAAUGAUGAGUGAAUCACCGCAGCGCUUUCAGGUCAUCUCCACUGAGCCUGCCACAACACCACAGCGAAUACAGAUUGUAACCGACCAGCAGACAGGUCAGAAGAUCCAGAUAGUGACAGCAAUCAAGCCGCCCAGCGCUCCGAAACAACAGUUCAUUCUGACUGCAGCUGACAGUUCCGGGGCAGGCAAGGUUAUCCUGACCUCUUCAGACAGCCACAAUGCAAAGCAGCUCAUCUUCACUGCUGCAGACAGCCUGAUGCCUGGAAGGAUACAGAUUGUAACAGAUCCUGUGUCAAUGGAACGGUUGUUAGGGCAGGCAGGGGAAUUGGGGCGAGCACAGCCAGUGGAAUACUGUGUGGUGUGUGGGGACAAGGCUUCAGGUCGUCACUAUGGAGCAGUCAGCUGUGAGGGAUGUAAAGGCUUCUUCAAGAGGAGCGUGAGGAAAAACCUGACCUACAGCUGCCGCAGUAAACAAGACUGUGUCAUCAACAAACACCACCGCAAUCGCUGCCAGUUCUGCCGGUUGAGGAAAUGCCUUAAGAUGGGGAUGAAGACUGAAUCUGUCCAAAGUGAGAGAAAACCCAUCGAUGUAUUACCCAGAGAGAAGCAUACAAACUGUGCUGCCUCCACCCAAAAGAUCUACAUUCGUAAGGACCUAAAUAGUCCGCUUAUCGCCACACCAACCUUUAUCUCGGAUGCUGAGACAGACGGCUCAAGAUCCAGCCUGCUUGACCAAGGGAUGUUGGUUAAUAUCCAGCAGCCAAUCAUUCAGAGUGAUGGGACUCUACUGCUGGCUGCUGACUCAAAGAUGGAGUCUGGUCAGGGGGACUUGGGGACCCUGGCCAAUGUAGUGACAUCACUGGCCAACCUGAGUGACUCACUGAAAGAGAAUCUAAACAACAGCGAUACCUCGGACAGCCAACAGGAGGAGCAGUCUACCAGUGAGAUAACACGUGCCUUUGACACCCUGGCCAAAGUUUUCAGCCCACAUGAGGCAGGUGCCGGACAGAGACUGGCAGAGAAGUCACAGUGUGUCGGUGAAACAACCAUUCAACUGAUUGGACGAGACCAAGAGACCCCCAUUAUUGAGGUGGAAGGACCCCUGCUCACAGACAGCCAUGUCGGCUUUAAGCUGUCCAUGCCGAGCCCAAUGCCUGAGUAUCUGAAUGUACACUACAUCUGUGAGUCAGCAUCCAGACUUCUGUUUCUCUCCAUGCACUGGGCACGAUCCAUCCCGGCCUUCUCAGCUCUGGGUCAGGAGGCACACACCAGUUUAGUGCGAGCCUGCUGGAACGAGCUGUUCACUCUGGGUUUGGCUCAGUGCGCUCAUGUGAUGAACCUGUCAACGAUCCUCACCGCCAUCAUCAACCACCUUCAGAGCAGCAUCCAGGACGACAAGCUUUCAGGGGAGAGGGUGAAGCAGGUGAUGGAGCAUAUCUGGAAGUUCCAGGAGUUUUGUAACAGCAUGACGAGGCUGGAAACUGACAGCUAUGAAUACGCCUAUCUGAAAGCUAUCGUUCUCUUCAGCCCUGAUCAUCCAGGUGUGGACAACAGUGGGCAGAUUGAAAAGUUACAAGAGAAAGCCUUGAUGGAGCUGCAAGAUUAUGUGCAGAAAACGUACCCUGAGGACACCUACAGGCUGACCCGCAUUCUGACUCGUCUCCCAGCACUUCGCCUCAUGAACUCCAGCAUCACAGAAGAGCUCUUCUUCACUGGUUUGAUCGGUAACGUCUCUAUCGACAGCAUCAUUCCCUACAUCCUCAAAAUGGAGACGGCUGAGUAUAACAGCCAGGACUCUGACCCAUCACAAUGACAGCCAAUCACUUCAACACUCCAGCAACCUGGACUUUGAAAUUCAAGAUUAGAGACUCUCCACUUCAGGACUUCAGGUACGCCAUGUCUCUCAAAGGGUUAACGGUCCAAAACUCUGCAGGGGGGCCCUAUUUCAACAACACAUGGUGCAAACUCAUUCAGGAAUCCUUCAUAGAAAAGAAAAAUCUGGUUUUGUAAAGCCAGAGUGACACCUGGAAUGUUUUCUGAAGCUCAGGCGGUUCAGUCAUUUUGAGUUUUGGGCCUAAACUCUGAGCUGAAUUAAAAAAAGGAAUCCUCUGCAGCUGCAUCUGCACUCAUCCCCUUUACGUCUUUAAAGCACUUCAAGAUAAAGUUGUGGGAACUUUACCUUCUGAGCUAAGCCUUUUUUGUCUUUUUAAAGCCUUACCAUGCUCUUAUGUUGAUUCUAUACAGAUAUCUCCAAGGUUAUUUGCAGAUAUCAGAUAAACUUCCUUUAUAAGCUCAGUCAAAAAUCUAACAUGAAUCCUAAAGUAAAAAGUAGGACUGUAUCUAUUUAAAAGCCGAAUCUUAAACAAGUACUCGCUUCUUCAUGUGCUUGCAUUGGUAACAGGUAACAUCAGAGCAUAAAUACAACAUGAUAUUUCUAUGACUGUGUUUUUGUCUGGAGAAUUUAAACUUUUACACGGACUAAUUAUGGCUUUCCUGAAUGUCAUAUUACAGGGAAUUGAAGUAUGCCCAAUCAUAGUUUUUUAUGUUUUCAAGCUCAACGACUGACUGAAGUUUCUCAAAGUUGCCAUAUAAUUUAAAGUUCUUGAGUUUUGACAACAUUAAAAUAAAAAUUUCAGUGGUAAUCAUCUAUAAAAGUCAAAUCAGCCUGCCAUUAACAAGUAAUUUCAGCUCUACUAUGGAGGUGUAUCUGCAAAGCUUUGAGGUGAAAUAAAUCCUGUUCAUAGCUCAUGAGAGUUUGACAGACUUCAGAGGCCUGGACUAUGAAGCAGGAUUUGAAGAGAACGGGGUAACUUCAGGUUUAAAGUGAUGUUUUCAGCAUUAUGAAGGUGGUUCACUUCUUACUGAGUAGACCACCAUGUUACUAAUGCUGAUCACCAAAGAGUGUCCACUGAGAAUUUAGGAGUGUAGAUCAGAGCUCUAUGAGCUGAGAGUGGAUAGGGGGAUAGAUCAGCAAGCACUUAGAGUUUAAAUAUAAAAGGUUUGUAUUUAUUCACAGAUAUCAUUCCUCAAUAAGGACUAAUGUAAGCAACCUGGGGUCUGAGACCCCUCAGUGGGUUGAGAGAAAUUUCACGGGGGGUGUGAGGAAAUGCCUGCUUUGACGUUGUUGAAAAUAAUUUUGCACAGUUCAUGCAUAGUUUCACAGUUCAUACAGUGGUCCUUGGAUGAGAACAUUUGUGUUCAGGGCUACUUUAUUUAAAUAAAAAAAAGAUUAUAAACCGAUGUCAACUCUUGACAUAAAUGUCUCACUAAUUUGUGCACUCACAUCUGGCACUUGUCUGAUCUUCCUGCACUUUUUGCUGCAGCUGCCAUAAUUUUAACCUGGAUUAUGUCUUUAGUUUGUAAAAUACUUUGAUUUGUAUAGCAGACUUGAUCCUUUUUAUGGUUGGUUAAUGCUGCUUAUCCUGUAAGGCUGUAAUUGAAAUUUAGAUUAAAUCGUAAUAUGGCCUACUGCAAUUUUUGAAUCUUCGAGGGGACAGUAUUCCUUUGUCUUAGGUGUUUCUCAAUAGUUUGAAACUUUUUUUGCAGCAGAAAUAUUAUGCUUUACACGUUAUGCAAACAUUUGAGCAUCUGUUUUUUUUUUCACUUUAUAUUAAAUUUGCAAUUCGAGUAAAAAAAAUCAAAUUCUAAAUUAUUUCACAAUUAUUCAGCCCUAGUUUAAUCUACCUAAUAAUGUGUUGGUUAUAAUAUAGACCCGUUUAUUGCUCAUGUUUGUUCGACAAAAAACAUAAGGAACUCAAAAACUGAUCACAUAUUAAAUCACAGUUGCAUUACUGGAAGCAUACAAUCACAAAUAGGUUAUUUUCCCAAAUUGUCAGCCCUAUACUCUGCUUCUUAGAUGUGAUCAUGCUUGCAGGAACUCUUACAUUUCUUAUCAGAUUGACAGCAGCAUUGUGUCAUUGUUGAGCAGGACCCUCCUUUGUUAGUGAAGCCAGAGAUCAGAGAGAGAUCACAGUCAGAAUGCUUUUAUUGUCAUUGUUAGGUCAACGUAAGAGUGAAACUGUUUGGUGCAACAGCAAAAUCACAGGAUACAGAGUAAAAAACAACAUAUAAUUUGGUCCUGGUUAUCCUGAGCACGCUUCAUAGUGAAGGCCUCUUUGUAACGUCUAGCUCACACUCAGUCAUAUCAGCUGAAUCAGCAUGUUAAAAUAAAAUGUUUUUCUUUUUUCUUUUUUUAUAUAUAUUUUUUUUACCUCUCGGUUGAUGUUAGUCUUGAAGUCUUACAAUGUUAAGGUACUCCAUUAUGUUAUCAUGAAUAUGUUGCUAAAAUAACCAGUGCAAUCACCUCAUCUCUUUUUCCCUGUAUGACAAUCAAUUCCUUCUGUCCAUUUUUGUUGUAACCGCUCUGCUAAAUCUUUAUUUCAUAUGUACAUUUAUCAGUAGUGAAUAUUUCCUUUAAGAAGUUAGGUAAUCUCAAAGAUUUGACUUUGAAAAUACAUAUGUGUAGCUCUGCUACAGUGCACAUCAAUCAGCUUAUGUGGCAUUCCCUUAUGUUCAUGCUGACUAAAACUUUAUGUUUGUACGUUUUUUUAUUUACUUUAAUAUGUUUUGAACAUUUUUUUGCAUACUAAGUGUACUUAAAGUACUUUUGGGCAGGUUUCCCAUAUUAAAGACAAGAAAAAUCAUGGGAGCUGGUCUCGGGUGCAUAAAUGUCUUGAAGACUGAAUAUGAGCAUCAGCCUUCCUGCUUCUAUGAUGGCUUAAAAUGAGCAUCCACCGCAAUGUAAAUGGAACGGGAUGUAAAGAAGGAAGCAAAGAUUAUGUCUUGUGGAAUUAUGUCAAUUGUAUUAUUUGGGUUUAAAGCCCAUAGAGACUGUUUGUAAAGGCACUGUAUUGAAAUGGCCUUCCUACAUGUAAUUUCAUAAAAUGAGUGCAUGUUGUUUAUAAGCGUUUUAUAUACUUGUUGCUGUCUGUUCUUCUAAGGAGCAUUGUUAUCAUUUCAUAGUGCAUUGCAGUGCAUGAAGUUGCUUAAGUGCAUUUAAAUGCUGUAUGGAAAAAUGUUACUUUAAAUGUUGUGGCUUUAAAUAUUUACUAUGAGCAGCUCCCACUUUACAGGACUUUAGAUCACUUUUUUCCAGCUUUGUGGAUUGAGUAUCCUCUGUUUAAAUUUUUAUACUUUGUUAAUGUCAUUUGUAUUUUUUGCACAUGUAAAAUGUGUUCCUUCAAACAUUGAACAACAUUCAGACAAUAGUCACGGUCCGCCUAGGUUUGUCACAGCCCUACAUUUCUACCUCAAGCCGAAAAAGAUAUAAAACAAAUGUAUGAAAGACUAAGCGCCUGUAUCAGCAUUCCAGUCUCUGCGGCUGGCUUCUCUGAAGCCACACAUCCUGAAAAAAAUAAACAAUUAAUAGUGAAAAAUACAAAGGCUGUGUCUGUUAAUGCUGAGAAGAAUUGAGAACAGUGUUUCUGCUACCAGAGUAUUAUUGCUUGAUAAAACAAUCUUUUACCCCUGACUACACAGACAUCCAAG